UGUCCAGAAACAGCAAAAGAAAGUUCAUUAGAAAAUUUAAUGGAAAGGCUUCGCUCGAAGGCUGGCCAAUACAAAUCCUGGAUGGAAAUGUCAAAAUCUUUGCGUCUUGCAAUUACAGAGAAACGACAUCUAGUAAAUAGUGGUGAACGAUCGCAACUUCAAAAAGUCCUUGAUAUAUUGCAAAAAUCUAUAAAAGUGACAUCUUUACAAUCCAUGGUUGAAAGAUUGGACAGUAUUACACGGCAACAGGGUUUGAAAUUUUCAUCAGGAACACCAAACACAGAGUGUUACAUAUUCUCAGAUAUGUUCUAUGUGGAAAUAGUCUUAGAAACUACUGGUGCAGUUAAAGAUGUGAAAAUCGCUCAUCAGGGAGAGCCUAUGAGUACUACGUGUCCAGAACUUGUCAAAGUGCUUAAGGCUGAAAAUUUCACAGAAUUCACAAAACAUUUGGAAGGUUUAGCUUCUAUUUACCAGUUGAACACUGAAAAGAAACAAAAAUCUAAAGCUUAUCUUGCACUUCAAGCCUUAGAAGUGGAUCUCAGCAUGCUGGCUCAGUUGCAAAGCUCAAUAAAUGAUCCAAGUAAUUUUGUACAUCGAAGUCCAGUUGGCAUAUUGCAACAAAGAAGAGGUGGAUACUCUUUGAAGUUGACAUAUUUCAUAUCACCAUAUGAUCUAUUAGAUCCAGAAACCAAAACAUCCAUUCCUUUCACUGUUGAUGCUGUAACUGAAAAAGGCUUGGGACAUUCUGUGACUGUUUGCAUUGAAAGCUCUACUGCUCACAAGUUACAAACAACAUCUCUGAUUAGUGUAUCUAAAACUCCUGAAGGAAAAAGUCUUCCUUCAUUUGCUGCCCUAAGUAAUUUGAACAGUACGACACUUCCUGCUAAUUUUGUAUUAAAACUGCCGAAACCAAUUCCAAUUGCUACUAGUUUAGUGAAGAAAAUACAAAAUGUAACAAGUGCAAAACUAACUGAUUAUGCUGAUUUAUCUUCAGCUCAGCCUUUACUCAAUGUUAUUAUCAAUGAUGCAUCAAAUGGUAAAAUCACUGCCGCAGAUCAAGGAUUAUGUGUGACAUUGCCAGAUCAACAUCACUGUUAUUUUUUGAAUUCCAAUCCUGGUUUGCAAGGAGUAAUGAUUUCUUCCAUACCAUUUACUCAUCCAACUCAUGUGCCUCAAAUAUUGGUAUUUUUAAGGCAACAAAUGCUUUUUAAUACUGUUAUUAGUAGUUGUGUUCGUCCAGGGAGUAAAAAAGAUGCUGAAUCACCUUUCAUGUUUGAAGUGAUGGCAUAUUCUACAUCUCAUAUUCUUGUUUCAUUUGAACAUCCAUUAGAAGAAUCAUUAGCAACAGUUGAUUUAGACUUGAAAGACAUCACCAAUGCUAAAUGCAAAAUCUAUACACUAAGUAGUGAUGCAACCAUGUGUACUGAUGAAUAUGCAAGCAAAAUUAUGCAGAGGUGUUUAUCAAUACCAAUCACUAUGAGAGCUGUCAUACGGAAAGCUCAAGGUCAGCAACAACUGCUUCGGUCCUCAAAUCAAUCAGAUAUGUACUGUGCCACAGUGUCAAAUAGUGGACCAGUUUCUUACCUUUCCCAUAUUCCAAACUAUGGCAACAGUUUAACUAAUGGCUCAUCUUUUACUGGUGGAGAUUUUUCCAAUCUGGCAUCCAGAAUGUGCAACAAACCCAGUGACGGAAAUGACUUGGGGAGCUUUGCUAAAAAUAUCUCAAAUAGCCAAAAUUCUGAUAAUCCAAGCUUUAAUCAUUCAAAUUCUUCGGUUUUAAAUUCAGAUAAUUCAAAUAUGGAGGGUGAUGUCACUUCUUCAAGUAAUUCUGGAAAUCGAGAUGGUUUUUUAGAGAGGACAAAAAACUCUCAUGGACUGGAUGUGCAAAAUGGAAAUUCAAGUGCAUCUAAUCAGUACCAACAGAAAAGGCAUGCUAACACUAUGUUGAUGAAUAUGCUAAGUGAUGUACCAUCUGCUAAUCCAUCCAGCACUUCUUUUCCUUUUCUUGGACAAAAUGACAAUUCCUCUAUUGGAAGUAAAUCUCGUAAAAGAAAAAGAAAAGAUAAUCGUGGUUCCGGGAGUUCUACUGGCAGAUCCCCCAAGCGUAAAUUAAGUGAAGAUGAUUGCGGAAUUGAUCGGUCUACCCCUGACCUUGAAAUGCGUGAUAGUCCAUUGGGGUUUGAUGCCAGCAGUUUACCAGCAUCAUUUCCUUCAUCCACAGAUCAACAUUUAAACCGAAAUUGCAACUCUAUUGAUUUUCUCAAAACAGAGCCACCUUCACCGAGUUUUCCUCAGAGGUCUGCUAGUACUGAUAGCUAUUUAAUGCAUGAAGAUUUUCAGUCCCGCCAAGUUUUAAACAUCAGUGAUUCAAGCCGCAUGAGUGAAGGUGGUAUUCCUAAUAGUACUGAACAUUUCAGGAAUUUAUCACAAGCAAAAAAUCAAUAUUUUGGGUCAGAUAAUGUAAUUGAAUUCAACAAGGGUUUUUUAUCUAAUGCUGACCCCAAUUACGGGGAUCCAGGGAAUAGUGAUGUUGACAUUGAUGAUGAUAGUUCUUUCAUUGAAAGUAAUCAGCCUAUUUCUCAUUCUUCAAAAUUUUCAUCUGGAGAAAAGCCUGCGAAGAAGAAGAAAUCAAAAGAACGGAAUGAAUUGAUAUCUGAAAGCAAUGAUUUGAUUUCUUCAAAAAACUUAGAUAACAGCAGUGAUGAAAGCAGCAUUGGUGAUGUGUCACAAAAAUCUUUUAGUGAAACAGAAAACAGCCAGUCUGAAGAUUCAUCUGCCACAAUAUCCAAGUCAAGUUCUGCUCAUUCAUCCCAGCCAAUAUUUAUUAGUACUAGUUUAAAAAUAGCAAAGUCAGGAGACGGCCAUAAAAUAUCUAAAAGUGAAUUAAAAAUUAAACAAAAGGAAGGCAAGAAAACAUCUAGCUCUUCAGAGAGUUCUGAAGGCUCUGGCAAAAGAAAAAGUGAUGCCAAAAAGGAAAGGAAACGCAGAAAAGCAGAAAAUGCUGAUAACGUAUCAGGUCGCUCUCCUGUUCGUUCAAUACAUUUAAAUAUUGAUUCCUCUUUGAUGCCCCCACCUUCAUCCAGUUCAGAAACAAACCCUUUAGUUUCAUCUUCAGACACCCAACCAAUUAGGCCGAUUACUCUCAAUGUGAAAGCAUCGCCAAUUGUGACAUCAAACUCCAAUUUUCAAUCAAAAUCUCCUGUGCACAAAAAGAGCAGCUCUGUUAGCAAUGUUGGAAGCAGUUUUUCCAAGUCAGGUAAUUCGAAAAAUAGCUCAUCUGAAAAGGGUGUUAAACCUUCACCACCAAGGUCAUCUCAUGUCAGUUCUAUAAAAGUUAAUAGCUCUGAUUCAGAUUCAAAGAGAGGGAGUAGUUCAACUACAGUAAAGAUUCAAAGUAAGCAUAAACAAAGCUCUAGCAGCAAAACUAAUUCAAGCGGUAGUGGUUCAGUGCAUUCAAGUGGACGCUCCUCUCCCAGUAAAGCUAAGUCUGCAACAUUAAAGCUAAAAAAUUUUACUUUGCCCUCCUCAAUAACUCUCACACCAAUAGUUUCUAAGGCAACUAUAUCAUCUCCUACUUCAACCCAUAUGUCAAUAGUAACAGCAUCCGAUCCACUGAUAAUGCAAGCUGCAAUAUUGAAUCCUGGCUCUCCCGGAAAAAAUAGCUCAAAUAGUUCUAAAGCAAACAAAUCUGCUUUACGCUCACGUAAAAGUUCUCUAAGUGCUGUCAUAGACAAACUACGAGUAACAGCCACUAAUGCCCAGCAUAUAUUACCAGAUGGUAUGGAUAACCCAAAGUAUGAUAAUGCACGCUCUGAAAGUAUCACUGACAGAAAAGAAUCAAAGUUGGACAGAAAAGACAACAAUAAAGAAUCUCGAGAUGGUAUAUCUGUCUCAAAAAGUAGUGAAAGCAAAUCAAAAUUUUCAAGUUCAGAUCAAUUUACUGUAAAACAAAGUUCUCAAGGCAUCAAAUUGACAGUCACAAAAACUAGAUCUAGUGAAGGUAGUUCAAAAAGUAAAUCAAAACAAUCUACUAAAAGUUCUUCAGUGUCCUCCAGUAGUGUUGGAAAAGCAACUAAUUCAUCUGGUAAUGUUUCGAAAAGUGGUCCUGUGACUGCUGCAUCCAAAAAAGUGUAUUCAUCUUCAUCAGGUGUAAAUCUUUCCACAAAACUAACUAAUGUUGGGGGCAAUCAAACAAAAUCCAAUAUUUCUCCAUCGCAUAAGAUUUCAUCACCAUCUAGCUUAUCAUCAUCAUUAUCACCCAGAACUAGUAGCUCAGCAAAUAAUCUUUCAAAGUCUGUAUCAAAGCAUGUUUCAUCUUCGCAAAAUAAAGUGAGUGCAUCUGGAGUUAAAGCUCUUGAAAAGGGGGACAAAAAGCCGGUUUUGCUAACAGAUCCAAAAGUAAUAUGCAAUGAAAUAAAAGAUAAAGUUUCUACAAGCAGUGUGAAUAUUGCUACAAGCCUUAUGCUUCCUCCGCCUUUAAGUAACAAAUCUGUAAGUGAUAUGUCUCGAUCUUCUAGUGGAAGCACGCCUAAACGAAUUGAUGAAGGUUCUAGUCAGUCACCAAGGCACACACCUACACGUGAAACUUCGGCAGAUGAAUCUGAUGGUGAAAGGGCUUUUCGAAUACUUUUAAAUCAGCAAAAAAGUGAUUCUUCUAAUGGAUCAGAACCAAAUAUUUUGCCAUCAAAAUCGUGUAAUUUUUUAUCAUCAGCUGUGGAUUAUUCUAAAAUUGAUGUGUUGAAAAAAUCUGAAUCUGAGGAUAAAUCCCAGUGGGUUUCUAGUAGUAGUGAUGUAAAAUCAUCAAAUCUUCAACGAUCAUCCAUGAAAAUGAAUCCAGAUCAGAUUAUGGAUGAAUCUUCUUGUUUAGGAAUGAAUGAAGUGGAUUGCAAACCGUCAACUUGCAAUCAACUUCUUUCACAAAUUGAGGUUUCUUCUUCAAGUAAACAUGAUACCUUGAAUACCAAUGUUGUUUCAUCAUCAGAAGAAAUCACUAAAACAGCCUUGCCUGUGUCUAAAUCUGUCAAACAGUUGAAACGACCAAAUGGACCAAAUGAUAAAGAUAGCAGUCCUGAAGACUGUCUGGUGAUUGAUUAUCCAGAUGAUAAUUCAAGACACCAAAUAUCUUCAGAAGAGAAGUGGUCUAGUCCAUGCGUAGAUUCUAGUAUCGUUUUAAAUGCCUUGGAUGAAAAAAUUGACAAGUCUGAAAUGUCCCCUAGUACUUUUGCUGUUAAUCAUCCAUCUUUAACAAAGUCACCUGCACAAGUUAUGACUCCAAAUCAUUCAUUACCAAUACCAUUGUCUUUGAUAGAUGAUGAACUAAUGAAUGAAGCUGUGAUGCCUAUUGAAAAGUAAAAUUCAGUUCACAAAUCAGUCAUUAUCCAUUAAUGCUGUGUGAAACAGUUUUCAGGUGCCUGUAUUUAAGUGCAUUUACUAAUUCAUCUUGUUACUUAUUGUACAAAGUUAAAUAUAGAUAUUUAUUUUUUAAUUGCUUAAGAAAAUUUUGUCUCCCUUAGCUUGUUAUUUUGCUCAAAUUUUAUAUCAUGUGAGUUAAUAACAAUGAUGAAUAAACAGUGGUAUACAGCAUGAAAUAGAAAUAAGGGAUAUUUAUGAUUUACUUAUCUAUUUUAAGAAAAAAGU